AUGUCCGAGAAUAAACUUCAACUACGUUUAGUUACUCAUAUGUGUCCAACUCAUCCCGUUGAGCUAUACGAGUUAAUUGCAGAAUUGUUAGAAGAAGCGUUGAAUUGCUUUACAGUUUUGCAAUAUGAAAGCCGCAGCCCCGGUCCAGUACCCAGUCGACCAGACCCAUUUCAACAAAACUAUAUUGAUAUUGGGUUCAUGACGGCCGCUGCCUAUAUGAACAUAAAGAAGAAGGACAACAAGUUUAUUGAACUGCUGCCAGUAACGCCAGUGUUCGCUCAUCAAAUGAAUGUGGAAAAUAAGCCCGGGUACUUCUCAGAUAUCAUUAUACAUAUCGAUAAGAAGGCCCACAACGUAAAUACCUUGCUCGAUCUACGCGGUUGUACGUUUGCGUAUAGCAACGAAGAUUCACUGAGUGGAAGCAAAAUAGUUCUUAAAACUCUGAGAGAAAAAGGCGAAAAUGCAUCUUUCUUUGGCUCAUUACUAAAAUCUGGAUCACAUUUGGCCUCUGCUCGAAUGGUAUUAUCUAAGCAAGCGGAGUGGGCGGCAGUUGAUUCAACCACUCUUCUCAAUUGUAAAAGAGAUAUGCAUGAAGGCGGAAAGGAUAUAAUAACUUUGGAAACCCUGGGUCGUCUUCCGCCCUAUCCAAUUGUAGUUAAUUCUAGGCUAUCAGAAACUAUUAAGGAUUCAAUUACCAAAGCAUUAUUAAACAUAACAAAAAUUCCUGUGUGGAAAAAUAGAUUUGCUAAAUUUGGAAUAAUAAAAUUUGAGAACAGUAGUGACAAAUGCUAUGAUGGGCCGGCUGCACAGAUGUGGUCCAUCCAGAAAGAGACGCUCAACGUUAGAUAUUAUUAG